AAAGUAAAACGAAAGUAAAAAAAAAAAACAUUGAGUUAACCGGCUAUUUUUUCAAAGCUGUACAUUUUGCUAUUUAAUAUACUGAUAAUUUCACAAUUAAACAAUGCAGGAGAAAAUUUCUAUUGUUAUAACACAUUUCGUAAAUCCACACUUGUUUUGGUAUUAUGAAGUUGGUGAUCACACCGAAUUAUGCGAAAUCGAACAACAGCUGCAAAUUCACAAAGAUAUACGUGCAACAGAAAAUCCAAAAUCAGGUGAAAAAGUGGCAAUAAACUUCGCUCCAUGGAAUAAACUUGUACGUGCCGAAAUAUUAUGUGAGACCAAAUGGCAGAAUGAAUUUAUUGCUUGGGCUUUAGAUUACGGGAUUGCUUUCCGAACCAAAAAUGAGCAUAUACGCCGCCUUCCACUGGGUAUGGCAGAUCAAGUUAGUCGAAUUCGUCGUGGGGGUGUGUCUAAUAUUUUGCCCGCCGAAAUUGAAUAUGACUGCAUGGAAGGUAAUGUAGUUAUGAUGACAAAGGAUAAUUGGUCACAAAAGGCUUGCGAUGUUUUGGAAAAAUUACUAAUGAACGCUUCCUCACUAACUUUCGUGAAAGAAUUUCAGUCGAAAGACAAUCAUAAUUGGGGCAGUUUGGUUGUGGAAAAUCAUCAGGGUAAAAUUUUCAAUGCCCGCGAAUCUUUAAUAUCAGCCAAACUAGCUUUGGACGAGGCAAUAAAUUUUAAAGAUAGCAUUCGCAAUUUAAAGUCAACUGAAAUUCCUCGACAUCUCUCAAGUAGUGGCAACUUAGUAAUAAAAACUAAUGCCUUCAAAAAAGGCACAGCUGGUCUUUGUCCCGUGGAAAAUGUGGUGACUUCAAUUGAUGAACAUACAAGAAGUAAGAUUGAAGAUUGGUAUGCUCGCAACGAAUGCCAGGCCAAUUUAUCAGAUGCGGAAUCGACACUAGAAUCAAAUCUUUCUGUAGAAGUGGUGGACGAUGUCACCUUUGAUGAUUCAGUAUCUGCAAAACACGAAAAUACUUGCAAACCUUCGGAUGGAGUAGUUAAAAAAAUGCAAGCCGGAUUUACAAAUUACAUUGGCAGGGAAGACACUUUAGUUAAAAACAACGGCGCGAUGAAGUCUAUGGAAAAUGGUCUUUUCAAAGUAAAAACAAAGACUUUGGCCAAUUCGCCUAAAUCAACAGGGAAGCCUUCGAUUGAAAGUCCUAUAAAUGAUGAAGAUGACGAAUAUUCUGAUGCAAUGUCAUCCAGAAAUGUAGACAAAGAAAGUGUAAGAGAGGAGGAUAUUUCAAAUACAUCUAAGAUGAACAUAACCAAGGCUGAUGAAGAAGCGGGUAGUCUCUUCAGAUUGAAAUGCUUUAAAGAAAUUAGCCAAAAGGAUUCCGAAAAAAAUGUACCAGAUCCUUAUCGUGGCUUUACUAUAGUACCCGGAGGUUUCGAUCUUUCUCGUUUAAAUAAGUAUCGUAAUGAAAAAAGUCAUUGGCAUCGUAAAAAAACAACGCUUUCCAACAAAUUAAACGAAGUCACUUUUGAGAACAAUCGAAAUCCAUCAUCUUCAUCAAAAAAGUCGCUUAACAACAAGUCCCCAAAGGAUGGAAUGCAAAGAAAUGGUUUGAUUUCGCGUAAAUCAGUCGAAAUAAGUGAUAAACCUAAAGAGAGUGAACAAAAUAUAAUUGUGCCUUCUUUAGAUGACGUUAUUAAACCAAGAAAAUGUGCAGUAAUGAAAUCGUCGCCUCCUCUGAUAGUCAGAAAGCCAUCAAAAGAAGACGCUUCUGCAAAUAUAUCUCUGGCAGCAUCUCCCACCACUACUGCAUCAACAAAUUCGAUAACGCCCGACGCAAAGAUUUGCGGUACAAGGCCUAAAUUAAAAUCAACAACGCCUACUAUUGCAUCAGGAAAAUCACAAACAAUCGGUUUAAUGGCUUCCAGAAAACAACGCAAACUAAAAUCACCGGAUACCCAAUUUGAUAAAAUUGACAAAAUACUUCAAAAAGCUGAACGCGCAAAGCAAUUGGGCGAUGAAAAUAUUGUAGACUUAAAAUUUCCAAACACUUCAUUUGAACGUAUGGAUCCGAGCUCUACCUCAAUGUUGGAAUUGCAAUUUGAUAACAAUAAUUUGUAUUCAUCUUCUAAUAAUCGAGCAUUAUUAGAGAAUCGCGUAAAUAAAGAUAAAUCAAGCACUGGUUCAAAUAAAAAUGAAAAUUGCAAAAAUGCCAAAGCAAAUACUGAGCAACAGACUUAUUCCAUUGUGCAUGUAAAAGAGAAACAAAUGAUCCCUACAAUCAAGGGCGAUAGGGAAAUACGAAUUCGUGCACCUGAGGUGUUGGCACAUUCAAAUAUACCUUUAUAUCCUUUGAAAACAGUAAAUGAUGCACAAUUUUUGCCACAGAUACACAAGGAGAUGAUGCAUAUGCGGAUAAACAAAAUUUAUCGCGUACAAGUUUUUGCUUGGUCACACUUAUUAAGAAACAAUUCUCUCUUUAUAAUCAAUCCUAGUAAAUCGGGUAAGACAUGGUCAUAUUUGCCAGUUUUGUGCAACGAUAUCUACUAUGAUGUAAAUGGUAUGACGUCGACUUAUGGACCGAUAGCCAUCGUUCUAGUAGCCUCAGCGAAACAUGUGGAGCAAGUUACUGACCUUUGUCAACGUUUACUGUGUGGUCUAAAGGAUGAAGCUCCGAUUGUAGUGGGAUCUUUUGGCUUACGCAAUUUUAAAGGUACUAAAAUUAAAUUAUUAAACAGUUGCGGUAUACUGGUAACAACUCCUUCAAGCCUGCUACGGUUACUUAGGGACAAUCAGAAUGAGCAUUUGUUCGAUGCGAAACGUUUAAAGCGCAUUGUUGUCGACGACAUAGAUUUACUGCUAUCGCGUGCUUCGGAGGACUUCCAAACAGCCCUUAAGGCUUUAUUUACAAUGUGUAAAAAAUCAGAAACGAAAACCUUGAAUGCUCAGAUGGUAGUAACGUCUCGUUGUUGGGACUUUUGGUUCGUAAAGCUUAUGCGUCUGGCAAAUCAGCCGUUGCUCUUGAUCGGCGAUUUUUUGGAAGCUAGUGUCUAUGGCAGAGUCGAACAUUCGAUCAAGUUGCGUUCUAAGUUGGAAAAGGACGAAAUGAUAUUGCGUUUUCUGAAAAAUUGCAAUAAAACUGUUCAUAUAGGCAAUCGCACCAUUAUCAUAUGUAGCGAUGAUGAGGAGGUGAAAAGAGUAAUAGGAUUUUUAACAGAAAAUGGUCAUUGCAGAAUUGGUUAUUAUAGCUUUUCCACUGCAGCGGAGCGCCUCAUCAUUGACGAAUGGAAACUCAGGGCGUCGACUCCAAUACUUGUGUGUACAGAUGCUGGAUUAACUGAUCUUCAGAUUCGAAAUGCGCAUAAUCUAAUACAUUAUUCUAUGCCGACGUCGUGGACCCAAUUCACUAAACGUUUCUCGGUUCUCAUUAAAAGCUAUGACAAUUUGUUAUGUGACAACUUUAAAAAAAUACUGUGCUCUGAUCAGAAUGCCAAUAAAGUUCGCUCUCUAAUACUUUUGGACGAGGAUAACAAUCUCCAACUUCCACGUUUGGUUGAUUUCAUGCGUAUGCACGGUCAAACCGUACAUCGGCAUAUACAAGCGGUAACAAAAAGUUUAUUGAACGCUCGUGAAGAGCAACGUGUCUCCGAGGGGGUGCAGCUAUGCUCGGACAUUUUAGAAUACGGCGAAUGCAAUGAACCACGUUGUGAUAGGCGUCAUGGAUUAACAAGAUUGGAUGUUGUAACCGAAAAUGACGACAUACCGACACACGGCGAAAUACGUAUCCACAUUCUUAAGGUACACUCGCCCACUUACUAUGUCGCUCGUUUACUAGAACAUAAGGGUCUCCACUCCAAGCAAUGGUCUGAAGUCAGAUGUUCACGGAAAGCUGCACUGUUUGCUGUCCAACUUCAUUCAUAUUACCGCGAUCCAAAUAAUAGGGAACAAUAUUGGCCACCUCAGAUCGGUGACAUUUGUAUUUACAAUUAUUUAAAUUGCUAUAGAAGAGCUCGUAUAUUUGAAGUGCCAUCCCUUCCCAAAAAUGUCAACGUGAUUCCUGAUUCUUUGGCACUUACCCUUAAACUUAUCGACGACGGUAUUGUCAUAACAGCAGUACAGAUUAAAGAAAUUUGCCUUUGUCAUCAGAAAUUUAAAGAUUUUCCACAUCAAGCGAUUGAUAUCCGUUUAAUGAAUGUAGUACCUUACGAUAACGAACGUAUGUGGGAUUCGGCGGCUAUUAAAAAAGUGCAGAAGUGGAUUGUGGAUGACAUUAAAGAUAACCAAGUAGUGCAUGUUAGUGUAAAUUUUGCUUUAGCAUCUACCAUAUGGAUAGAUAAACUGGUUGUAAUGGAAAGACUCAAUGCGAUUGGCACUUAUAGGCAGCUGAUCGAUUUAAAAUUGACGUUAUUUGCAAACGAACUCGCUUUACAAUAUAAAGGUGAUAGGAAGAAUGUAUGUGAUAUAGCUAAAGAAUACGGUUUAUUGAAAUUACCGCCCCCAGUACCCAAAAUUGGUCAUAAUUCGAAUGUAAACGAUGAAAGUUCAUUGAUUUCAAUUAAUUCACCAGCCGGAAACUUAACAAAUGAAGAUCAAAUAGAAACCAGCCCGCAAAUUAACGAAAAUGCAAAUAAGAAGGAGAAAGUAGUAAAUCAUAUUGGGAAGAAGCAGGAAGAGAUAUCGGAACCUGGUCCAAAUGAAGACAAACUCGAAAAUGAGUCGGGUGCUCUUAACAAGUCUACAUCAUUUUAUAACCAAACGAUCCACUUUAAAGAAUCUUGGAGUGAAUUACCUCUUAAUGAAUUGGUAAAAGUAGAAAUCGGUGAUGAAGACGAAAACGGAAAUUGGGAGAAUAUGUUUGUACAGUUAAUCGAUCCGAUUUCCACGCGAACAUUUAAUCAAUUAAUCGAACUGAUUGAUAAACAUGUUCACAACAUGAAAGCUAUCUAUAAUAAUAAUCAUCCAAAAAUCUAUGAUUUUCAACCUCUGCAUAAUUGCAUAGUUAAGUACAAUAAUUUGUAUUUACGGGCCAAGGUACAUUGCAUAUUCGGCAAUGAAAUAAGUGAACGUCUUUACAGAUUUUUUUUAUGCGAUUAUGCUUGCUUUAUUAAUGUGAAGUCAGGAGAUUUAUACAAAGAUUUCCUUUAUGAGACCAGCGAGGAAAUUGUAAAUUUUAUUCCAUAUCAAGCUAUACAUUGUCACCUGGCUGGCAUACAAUGGGAUCGCUUCACCAAACGUCAUAAAGUAUGUAAACAAUUUUUAUACGUAUAUGCCGUACAGCAGAAUUCAAAAAAAAGCCAAGCAAUUUUUACUCUAUGCAAGUUUCCAAUUAAUUCUUACAUCGUCCUAUUCUAUGAGUGCGAGGAGGAGGGUGAUUUUACACAUGCUUCCCUAUUUAAUAAAGUCUUGCUGGAAAAUGGCGUGACUGUCGCUGAUCCAGAAACCAAGCAUUUUUUAAACUCAGAAAUUGAUUUUGAAAUAAAGGAGUUAAAUGAAAGAAAUCCACAACACGAGGGCGCAAUUGACAAGCCAGUAACAUUCAACGAGUUAUUAGAAUGCAUCAAAAAGUGUAACGCAUUAGACGCGGUAGAUUUUAUAGAAUUGAAAGACGAAAAAACUGAAAUCUCCGGUGCGGAAGCUACAACAUCUGAAGAACCGAAAUUAAUAAACGGGAUUGAUAAAUUGUCAGAAGAGAACGAACAAGAAAAAAAGGAAAAAUUAACCCCGUCAUUACAAGAUAAACACCGCCUACCCCCUUUAAAAGUUUUACAUAAACGUCCAAGAACUACUUGGCAUCAAAACGGUUACCUAAUUUUCUUGUCCAUUCAUGUUCCAGACAUUAAAGAUUAUUAUUUGAAAGUGGGCAAGGAUCAGUUACAUUUUGCCGCCGAAAUUCAUGGUGAAGAAAACAUCUUAAUUUUAAAUCUUUUGGGUGCAGUUGCGCCAAAAUUAGUGUCCCACGAAUUGCUUGGUCUCAACGUCAUAGUACGCCUCGUUAAGUGUGUAUAUAUCACUUGGCCAAGACUCUUAAAAGAUCCUGGAAAGUUUGGUUGGUUGUCUUACGAUUAUAAUUUUAUUGAUGUCCGUGAAAUUGACGGAAUAAACCCAACACCUUUAAACUAUAAGGUUGCUUCCGAUGAAAUAACUGAUUCCGAAAGUGAUACCGAACAAUGUUUGUUUCACACUUACAAUCGCACCGAGAACUGUGAAGACGAUGACGAUCCUUUCUCCUAACUAUUCCCUUAAUUUUCCAAUGCCCAGGCAUUAAUAAAAAAAGAUGAAAGAAUACGAACUUUUAC